AAGCUUCAGUCUUCCUAUGGAAUUCGUUGCGAAUCGAAGCCCUCUCUAUACACGGAUUUCAUUCGAAAUGCGCUGAAAAUUACGUAUAAUAUGAAUUUUUUCCCUCUAUUUUACGAAAUGCGUACGUCUCGUCUCUCGUUUCGUUUUGUAUUUAUGCAUUUUUUUUUUUUGUAUGUACAGUUUAGUUUAAUUUUGUAAAAAAAAUCUUCGAAUUUUUUUUUCAAUUUUUUUAUUUAUAAUACGUAUUAUUAUUUUUUCUUUUGCCUUGUUUUUUUCUACGAGUAUUGACAUUACCUACGCUAUUUUUUCCACAUACGAUUGUCGCGUACGCAAUUUGUAUUUUAUCGCCUGAUGCAUUUUCGUCGUUAAAUCAUAAUAAAAAAAAAUCGUGUACAAUUUACCUGACACAUUAUGUACGUCACUUGGGACAUGCUGAAGCAAACUGUCGGUGUUAUGUUUAUAUUUUUACUGCACACCAACAACUGCACGAGACAUCGACAAGCCUCAGGCGAAGUGAACGCUGUUGCGAGAGGUGGCUUCGUAAAACACAACAUGUUGGAAGUACCAGAAUUUACUGCUCCCAUCGGCAAUGUAACAACACCAGUAGGCAGAGAAGCCGUGCUCUCCUGCACCGUUGACCAUAUCGCAAAAUACAAGGUUGGCUGGUUGAAAGCAGAAGAUCAAACAAUUUUGACAUUGCACGAUAAAGUGGUAACGCAUAACGUGCGAAUUAGCGUCACGCACGAUAACAGGAGCACAUGGCAAUUACACAUCAGACAAGUUAAAGAAUCGGAUAGAGGUUGCUAUAUGUGUCAGAUCAACACGAGCGUCAUGAAGAAGCAAAUAGGAUGCAUCGACGUGCAUGUACCACCAGAUAUUAUGUAUGAAGAAACCAGUGCAGAUUUGUCAGUUCGAGAAGGUGACAACGCAUCACUUAUAUGCCGAGCCACAGGACAUCCUCCACCCAGAGUUACUUGGAGAAGGGAAGAUGCUGAAUUUAUUAUGCUACGUCGAAGUGUUCGAGAUAUAGUGAAAGUCGAUUCGUAUAACGGUAGCACGCUGUAUUUUUGGAAAGUGGACAGACGACAGAUGGGAGCUUAUUUAUGCAUCGCCAGCAACGAUGUACCACCAGCGGUCAGCAAACGGAUAAUAUUAAGCGUGAAUUUCUCGCCCAGUAUCCGAGUACCUAACCAAUUACUCGGAGCUCCGCUCAACACCGACGUUCAACUGGAAUGCAUCGUCGAAGCUUUCCCAAACACAGUCAAUUACUGGGAUAAAAACGGAGAAAUCAUAUUCGACGGGUACAAAUACAACGUACGAGAAAAACGAUCCAAUUACAUCGUACAUAUGUGGUUAUUGGUAAGAAAUUUCAAUGAAACUGACGUUGGCACUUACGCUUGUAUUUCAACCAAUUCCAUCGGACGAGCAGAGGGAACAAUACGCUUAUACGAUCUAUCCGAGACAUCCCAAAGUCAAAAAUCAAGAAGUGACAGCAGUAGAACAUCACCCAACACAAGUUCUGCUUCAAGGCAGUCUCUAUCAACGCUACUAAUUCUGUGUAUAUCUUCAACUUCAUUAUACUACAUCGGCAGAUGACAUCAACGUAAUCCUACGUCCAUCGACUGACUUUAAUUGUUCUCAACUAGAAAUAAGACUUGUUGUUACCUACGUCAUUUAAAAUGGUUGUGUAUAUAAAAAAAUGUUUUCUAUUAUAUAAAUAUUUUGUAUCGAAAAAAAAACAAACAAAAAAGACGUUCUCAAAAAAGCAUAUCAGUAUUUCAUCGGAAUUUACCGUUAGAA